AGGAAAAGGUUGGCACCCCACUAGGCAGUCAGACCAGAUAAGACCGUCCGGUGAUUUCCAAAGUCUGGGAAGCCGCUGCAGAAAUCCGCGUUCCACCGCCUCCACAGCCCUCACCCCGGAGCAUGCGCAGAGCAAACCUGAGUAGGUGGGAGGAGUUAGCAGGAGAUGCUGCGCAGGCGCACACCCACAUAAGGAAAGGCUAGGGCCCGAAGCGAACACAGUAAAACGGGGCGGAGCGGGAGAGAAAGCGCGCGCACGCACGCAUCACGGCGUUCCCCGGAAGACGUAAGGACGCACACGAGGUUCAGCGGCUCCAGUACACGUGCGCCAACUCGCUUCCACGCAGGCGCCGCACGGAAAAACCUUUCUCGCCUGGGUUCACGGGCCCGGCGAUGGCGGAGGAGACACUUGGUCUUAAAGGCCAAUCCGGGGUCGGCGGGACUGUGGAUACCGGAACUUCGGAACGUGGAGUGGCGCCCAUCAAACCGCAGUGAGUGACAAGGCUGAGGGGAACGUGACGGUUUGGGGCAAAGUUACGGCAUGCCGAAAUUUGUUCUCUGAUGAGGCCGCGCUGCAUGCCGGGGUUUAGUUCCUGAUUCUAGCCACGCUGCAUUCUGGGAUUCAGCAUUUGGCGGGCCGAGCUGCAUGCUGGGAUUUGGAGUGCCUGACGGGCCGCUAUUACAUUCUGGGCUGGCAAAGUGGCACGUGAUGCCUGGAUAGAUGCUGCUGCAUGCUGGGAUUUGCGGUGUGUCUUAUGUAGCCCUCCCUCUUUCCUCUUUGGUCCAACCCCAGAGUAAUUCAAAUGUAAUUGGUUGUGUUAAAGAUCUUGUGGGGUACCGGGGCAUCGAGGAGGAGGAGAGAAAUGAACUAGUGACACAGUACAGUAUAAGCUUCUUGUAGGAAGUGGCUCCUUAGUUGGACUCCGAAAGAAGCUAGGGAUACCUGGAGGGUGUGCUUUCUGGGCAAGAGGGAUAUGGCAAGGAAGUGGGAGAUGUAAUGUAUCCCUCUUCUUAUAGGGUACAGUAAGUAAGUCGCUUUAUCUGUAAUUAAAAAAAAAAAAAACCCUUGAAGGGAAGUAAUGUGCUGUGAGCCUGGAAAAGUAAGCUGAAGCAAAAUCUGUUAAGGGCUUUUAAAAUGUUAAACUGUGGACUUGGUAUUUUAGCCUAGAGGCAAGAGGAAGAUUUCCUGGACUUUUUGCAUGGUCAGACCUGCGCUUUAGGGAUGUCGAUUAAACAGCUAUGGAUUGGAGAAGGGACAGUUUGGAGGUAGGGAAACUAGUUAGGAGACUUUUGCAGUAGUCCAGGGUAGAAUUGAUGAGAGCCUGCACCAGUGUGGUGGCUAUGUGAUUGAAGAGAAGGAGAUGAACAUGAAGAUGCUAUGGAGGUAGAAUCUACAAUAUUCAUGAUGGAGGGAAUGUCACAGACAUGGUACCUCACUACAAAGGAACAGUUCCAUACAUUCCUUGGAACCAGAGGGAAAAGAGUUGAACAGGCUGUGGGGGAGCCAAACAGUGAAAGAGCUGAGAGAGAGUCACCUAUUUGCUGCAACUCAUCUGAGCCUGGAGCCAAAAGACUCAAGCUUGCUGAUGGACAAGUGGAGAGUCUGGAAAGUCAGUCUUCAGGAGUGGGAGUUGGGGAGCCCCAUCAGAAAAAGAAAGCCCGGGGCCAGAAUAAAAGUAGACCCCACAUGAAGCCAACCCACUAUGAUGACAACAGGUUAUGCCCAUCCUUGGUUCAGGAGUCAGCUGAUAAAUGCUUCUUUGGUGAGCGAUGCCGCUUUCUGCAUGACGUGGACACUUACUUGGCCUCCAAACCCCCAGACCUUGGGGAUAAGUGUGUCCUGUUUGAGACCUUUGGGAAAUGCAUCUAUGGUGUGACGUGCCGUUUUGCCAGGGCCCACCUGGGGCCCCAGCACCAGAACCUGGUGAAGGAGGAGCUGGUGAAACAAUGGGAGGGCCAGAAACUCACAAGCAAUGGUCUCAGCAAAGACCUCCAGCAUCGACUUCGAAAGAAGAAAGUCCAGUUUGACCACUCAGAGAAGUACCUGAAGCAGCUGUCUAAGUCAGGAAGGGUAGGGACUGGGAAAGACCAGAUUCCGAUUCUUCCAGCUGGGCCAGAGGCACCCAAGGGUGAACAGUCCAAGGCCUACAUCGACUUUCCAGGACACAUGGCCCAGAAUUCUGCCAGUGGUGAUGCCAAUGAGUCUCUGGCCAGUCUUGAAUCAGGGUUACCACUGUCAGAAACUGUUUCAGGGAUCCUAGAGAAAGGAACCACCCCCCAGAGAAACAUUGUCUGUUCCUCAGGGCACCUGACUGAUGAGGACCUUAUCAAACUCCGGCCCUGUGAGAAGAAAAGGCUAAACAUCCAAAACAAGCUGUACCUGGCCCCGCUCACCACGUGUGGCAAUCUGCCCUUCCGAAGGAUCUGCAAGCGAUUUGGAGCUGAUGUGACCUGUGGGGAGAUGGCUGUGUGCACCAACCUGCUUCAGGGUCAGUCCUCAGAGUGGGCCUUGCUCAAACGACACCACACGGAAGACCUCUUUGGCGUCCAGCUGGAGGGAGCCUUUCCUGACACGAUGACCAAGUGUGCAGAGCUGCUGAACCAGACCGUGGAGGUAGACUUUGUGGACAUCAACGUGGGCUGCCCCAUAGACCUUGUGUACAAGAAGGGUGGGGGUUGUGCCUUAAUGAAUCGCUCCAACAAAUUUGAGCAGAUUGUCCGAGGGAUGAAUCAGGUGCUAGAUGUACCUCUGACUGUGAAGAUCAGGACAGGGGUGCAGGAGAAAGUCAACUUAGCCCACCGGCUUUUACCUGAACUUCGAGAGUGGGGAGUAGCUCUUGCGACGCUCCAUGGCCGCUCCCGAGAACAGCGUUACACCAAGGGGGCCGAUUGGCAGUACAUCCAGCACUGUGCAGAAGUGGCCCACCCAAUGCCCCUGUUUGGAAAUGGAGACAUUUUAUCUUAUGAAGAUGCCAAUCGUGCCUUGCAGACUGGUGUUUCUGGAAUCAUGAUUGCUCGAGGUGCCCUCAUCAAGCCAUGGCUCUUCACUGAGAUCAAGGAGCAGCGGCACUGGGACAUCUCCUCUGGGGAGCGCCUGGACAUCUUAAGGGAUUUCACCAACUAUGGCCUUGAGCACUGGGGCUCUGACACCCAAGGUGUGGAGAAAACCCGCAAGUUCCUACUCGAGUGGCUGUCCUUCUUGUGCAGGUACAUCCCAGUGGGUCUGCUGGAACAUCUGCCUCAGAAAAUCAACGAGCGACCUCCCUAUUACUUGGGGCGGGAUCACCUGGAGACUCUGAUGGCCAGCCAGAAUGUGGAUGACUGGAUCUCCAUCAGUGAGAUGCUCCUGGGGCCAGUCCCACCUGCCUUCACCUUCCUGCCCAAGCACAAAGCCAACUCCUACAGGUAGCAGUCUGAAGUGGAGCCACCAGAGGGAAACCCUGACCCUGCCUUCCCCUCCCUUCAACACACAUAUCCCAGGAGGGUUCUGGUCCCGACAGGUCAGGCCCUUGUUCAUGAAAGAAAUAAAUUUUAAUGUUUUAGAAAUCCAA